GUUAUCAGUGAGUUAGCUAGCUGUCUGGACUGACCGGCUUGGUUUUUUAAAAUAAAUAUAUCGCUGGACCGACGAGCUACGAUGUUUCAUUUGGGGUUUACUUGAAGAUAAUCACACAACAACAGUUUGAAAGAAAAACACUGCAGCUUUCCCAACAGACUUGAUAAACCUUGUUGUUUAGUGUGUGUUUGCAAGACCUGGGAGACAUGUGGUUUUCUUUGAUUAGUACUGCACCUAAGUGGGUUCUGAAGAAAAUGUAGGAAAUGGUGAGGAGGACAGUGAGGACAGAAACUAUUCUCCAGCAGCUGUGGUCUUACCCUCUUGUGCUACCAUAAAGCAUCAAAGAAAAGGAAACACAGAGAGGAAGAGAACGGAGGAAAAGUAGGAGUGGGUCACCGCUGUGACCAGGCAAGGGCUUCAGUCAUUUGCAGCACUGGAAGAACAGCCUGACAGACUGGAAGGGGUGAGUGGGUGACCACAGAAAGAGAGAGAGACGGGGACUGACGGAGGAGCAAAGGUUUGGAGGAGGAGGAGGAGGUCUAGGAGGGGCUGGAAAGGCCACUCUUCAUGGCUACUGACCCAGGAGAGCCCACAGGCACCGAGGACUCCUCGGAGAAACCUGAUGGACAGAGGGAGGAGGACACGGACCGGGAGGGAAGGACCGACCAACAAAGGGAGAGGACACACAGCACCCCCUCAGACUUCUCCUCCCCCCAGACUCAGGAGAGGAGAGCGACAGGAGGAGAAGAUGGAGGAAUCAGACGACUGAGGAGGGAGAAGCGCUUCUUCAGAAAGAGUGUUGAGAUUUGUGAGGAGGAAGAUGAGGUGGUGGUGCCCCCCGAGGCACCCCACAGUGCCCCCCAACUGGAGCUGCGUUCCUCAGAGUCAGUCUUCACCAGUAGCGCCCAGCAGCAAGGGGCUGCUUCAUCUUGUGCUGCCCUGGGCCAUGACCCAUCUUGUCCCAGCUCCAGCCAGGAGCCUGGCAAGGAUGCUCCUUCCUCCACACCCACCCAAAGGGGGAAGGAGAGGGACCGUGAGCAGGAAGAGGAGGCGGAGAUGAAGGCUGUCGCCACGUCUCCUGGAGGCAGGUUCCUCAAGUUCGACAUUGAACUGGGCAGAGGAGCCUUCAAAACUGUGUAUAAAGGCCUGGACACUGAGACUUGGGUGGAGGUGGCUUGGUGUGAACUUCAGGACCGCAAGCUCACCAAGGCGGAGCAGCAACGCUUCAAGGAGGAGGCUGAGAUGCUGAAGGGGCUUCAGCACCCCAACAUCGUCCGCUUCUAUGAUUCCUGGGAGUCCGUGCUCCGUGGCAAGAAGUGCAUCGUACUGGUCACUGAACUCAUGACUUCAGGAACACUCAAAACUUACCUUAAGCGCUUUAAGGUGAUGAAACCGAAGGUCCUGAGGAGUUGGUGCAGGCAAAUUUUGAAGGGCCUUCACUUCCUUCACACCAGGACUCCUCCAAUUGUCCACCGAGACCUCAAGUGUGACAACAUUUUCAUAACAGGCCCCACAGGAUCGGUCAAGAUAGGUGACCUCGGACUGGCCACUCUGAUGAGGACCUCCUUUGCUAAGAGUGUCAUAGGAACACCGGAGUUCAUGGCCCCAGAGAUGUAUGAGGAGCAUUAUGAUGAGUCUGUGGAUGUUUAUGCCUUUGGAAUGUGCAUGCUGGAGAUGGCUACUUCAGAGUACCCUUACUCUGAGUGCCAAAAUGCCGCUCAAAUCUAUCGCAAAGUCACAAGCGGUAUAAAGCCAGCCAGUUUUGAUAAAGUGAAUGACCCAGAGAUAAAAGAGAUCAUCGAAGGCUGCAUUCGUCAGAACAAAAGCCAGAGACUCUCCAUCAGAGACCUCUUGAACCACGCAUUCUUUGGGGAGGACACAGGGGUCCGGGUGGAGCUGGCAGAGGAGGACACAGGCACCCAGGACUGCUUGGCUCUCCGGAUUUGGGUUGAAGAGCCUAAGAAGCUGAAGGGGAAACACAAAGACAAUGAGGCCAUUGAGUUCAGCUAUGACCUUGAGAAUGAUAGUGCUGAGGAGGUGGCACUAGAGAUGGUGAAGUCAGGUUUCUUCCAUGAGAGUGAUGCCAAGGUGGUGGGAAAAUCCAUCCGGGACCGAGUAAAUCUGAUCAAAAAGUCACGGGAACGUCGUCAGCAGCAGCUCCUCCAGCAGAACCAGGGCUUUGAAGAAAGAAGAGACUCCAAUCUUACCUCCUACACCUUUUCUCAUCCCCCCUCACCCAUUAAUGUUCUCACUACAUCCAUGUCAGUCAGUGAUCCUGCUGGACUAGUGGGGAGCAUUGUGCCCCUCGCUCAGCAGACCCAACCCCCUGCCACUCCCAUGCAGCUCACUGACAUCAUACCCCAGGCAGCACCCCAGCAAACACAGCCUGUCAUGAUCCCUCAGCAGACUAUUGUCCAACAACAACAGAUAGGGAUGGAUCCCCAGACCUCCACCCUUCAACAGCAGCCACAACAGCAAAUGGAGGGCCAGGCCAGUGUGCUCGAAAAACAACAAGUUAGUGCCCCUCAGCCACCGACGGAACAGCAGCAACAGAGCCUUUCAGCUACAGCUGUCCAGAAACAUCAGCAUGAGCCUCGGCAGCAGAUCUAUCUACAGCAGCCUGUUCCACCUGUCCAGCCCACUCCUCAGCAGCAAGUGUUACCUAUACAAACAGGUAUGGAGCAGCGAGCUAUGUCAUUACCACAGCCAGGGGAGCAACUUCACACUUAUAAACAGCAACCUCACGAGCAGACCACAAUACAAUCUCAACAACUGCAACAACAGCUUCAGCAACAGCAAACCGUGUUACAGCAGCAGCAACAACAAGCUUUACUGCUUGAGCAACAUCAGAUGUAUGUCCAGCAGCAGCUUGAUCAGCAGCAACAAAAAGCACUGCUUCAACAGCAGCAGCAACAGGCCCAACUACAACAGCAUCAACAGCAAGCACUUAUACACAAGCAAUUGCUGGAUCAACAGCAGCAAGCUCUUAUUCAGCAGCAACAAGAGCAGCAGCAACAACCACAAGGUCUUGUACAUCAACAACAACAGCAACAACAGCAACCACAACAAGCACUUUUACCACAGCAAUUAGAGCAACAACAACAACAGCCUACUCCACAGCAACAGCAGCAGAGCCAGUUAUAUCCACAAAUUGGACAACACCAAGCUGGAACACAAAAAGAACCAGAGAAGCAGCAGCAAAGUGGACAACAGCAGCAACAAAUUGUAUUGCAGCAGCAACCCCAACAGAAUCAACAGCAAAUGGAACAGCAAUUGCAGCAGCAAGCCUUAUUCCGACAAAUGGAACAACAACAGCAACAAGCACUAAUACAACAGCAUUUGCAACAGCAGGCUAUUUUGCAACAGCAGCAGCUACAACAGAAAGCUCAACUACAGCUUCAGCAACAAGAGCAGCAACAAGUGCAACUCAAGCAGCAGAUAGAGCAGCAGCAGCAAGCUCUGUUACAACAACAGUUAGAACAGCAGCGUCAGCAACAAGUCCUGUUACAACAACAACAAGCAGAGAGAUUACAGCAACAGGCUCUGAUACAGCAACAGAUUCAAGAGCAGCAGCAACAACCACAAGGUCUUGUACAUCAACAACAACAGCAACAACAGCAACCACAACAAGCACUUUUACCACAGCAAUUAGAGCAACAACAACAACAGCCUACUCCACAGCAACAGCAGCAGAGCCAGUUAUAUCCACAAAUUGGACAACACCAAGCUGGAACACAAAAAGAACCAGAGAAGCAGCAGCAAAGUGGACAACAGCAGCAACAAAUUGUAUUGCAGCAGCAACCCCAACAGAAUCAACAGCAAAUGGAACAGCAAUUGCAGCAGCAAGCCUUAUUCCGACAAAUGGAACAACAACAGCAACAAGCACUAAUACAACAGCAUUUGCAACAGCAGGCUAUUUUGCAACAGCAGCAGCUACAACAGAAAGCUCAACUACAGCUUCAGCAACAAGAGCAGCAACAAGUGCAACUCAAGCAGCAGAUAGAGCAGCAGCAGCAAGCUCUGUUACAACAACAGUUAGAACAGCAGCGUCAGCAACAAGUCCUGUUACAACAACAACAAGCAGAGAGAUUACAGCAACAGGCUCUGAUACAGCAACAGAUUCAAGAGCAGCAGCACCAAGCGGCCAUCAUACAGAUUCAGCAAACUGAAAAACAAGACACUGUUCCUAUUCCACAAAGCAACAGUGAGCAGCAGAUUCAGCAGCAACCAACUGAUAUACAGCACGUGUGUAUCCCUCAACUAAACACCACUCAGUAUACACCUCAUUCCACUCUCACACAACAGCAGGUUAUAGAGCAACAACAGCAAGUAACAUUGAUGCAGCAGCAGAAAGCAUUUGUUGCCCAGCCGCAGCACCAUACCUCUGUAAUGCAACCUCAAAUCCCAGCUGGAGCUCCAGCCAUCACUGAAGUGAUUCAGCACCAAACUCAAACUGUUCCACAGGCCCAGAUCCCCAUGGCCAUUCAGACUGCGCAGAUCCCUCUCCAGACAUCUGCUGUUGUCCCAGCUCAAAUAUUUACCCAGCAAGGACAAAAUGAGGCUCAUCCCCAGAAACAGGGCCGGGCCCCAGUCCAAUUUAUAGCCCAGUCCACAGCCCAAGCAGCUCAGUCUAUGAUUGAUGCCCAUGUAACUCCUCCAGCAGCAGUAAUCCAGGGACAGACUCAAAUCAUCCAGACCCAGCAAAUUCCUCUGCACACUAGUUACCCAGGACCGGUCACUCCCACAAAGAGCCAGGUAACUGCUCAGACGUUAAUCCAGACUCAGCCUCUGCAACCAACAAUUACUCAGUCCCAGCAACCACAUGGCCAGGGCCCAACUGUUGACAUUCAGAUGAUGGGCCAACAAAGCCAAGGUGCUGUCCAGCCUCCAGCUGCAAUUGCUUCAAUUCCCAGUCAAAUCCAACAUGAGUCUCGUGCUCAGCAAAAUGCCCCAAUGCCAGGGCUCAUGCAGCCCCAGCUCCAGCAACAAACUCAAGGCCAGCCACCUAGCCAGGUUGAUGCUCAGGCUGCCGCUGGCCUUUUGACCCCUCAGUAUGUCCCCCAGCUUACCCACCAAGCCAUGCCAUCUGUACAACAGGACAUAACUCAUAUUACACAACAGCAGCAGCAACAGCAGCCAGUACUGCAGUAUCAGCAGAUGAUUAUGUCUCCUGGCCCAGCUGGUGUUGGAACUAAAACAGAUAAUCUCAGCUCUGUAGUUGACCCUGCAAACUUUGUUGCCACUCCUCAUCCUGUGCAGCAGACUGGACAAGCCUAUGUUUCAGGCCAAGUUGUUCAGGCCCAACAGCAGCCUCUAGGAGGCACUCCUGACCCUUCAGUCAUUCAGCCCAUCUCCCAGCCUGCUAUGCCUCAGUCUACUGAGCAAUACCAGCAACAGCUGCAGAAACUUUCUCAAGUGCAGCAGCCACUAGCUCCAACUCCUCUGCAAGCUCAGUUACUGGCACAGCCCAUCGCAACUUCCCUCCAGCAACCACCUCCUGUAAAGCAGGCUUUGAUACCCCUAGAUGAGAGUCAGCUCCACCCACAGUGUCCAACUGCUUCUCAUCUUGUGACCCAUCCUCCUGCCCAGAUAGUCUCUAAUAAUGUGGCUGAGCCUCAGUCCCAGAACAGGACCCUUCCCCUCUAUAGUCAUCUAGUGGCAGGUGCCACUCCAUCUCCACAACACCAGGCCAAGCAGAUGUUGCCAGCUCACACACACACACAAACCAGCAUCCAGGCCCAAACACACUCCCAAACACAGACACACAUUCAGACACAGGCUCAUUCUCACACUCAGACACACAGUGAGACACCUAUUGCUGAACAGCCUGUUCUCCCCAGUGCUGUCUUUCCUGUGCAACAAUUGCCCCUCAGCCCAUCUCAUACCUCAUGUCCCCCAACAACACUACCAUCUCUCCCAUCCCACCAUCCUGCUGCUGCCCCUGCUCCAGAGCUGCUUACAUCUCCGUCAGUGGCCCAGGUAACCUUACCAGGGCAGGUCGACUUUAUCCCCACCUCCCCUCCGCCUGUCACUACUCUACAAUCGCUUGAUUCUAAUGCCCCCAAACUGCCCCCAGCCUCGCUGCAAGACUGUGACCUUUCCCUGCUGGGCAUUGCUCAGGAUGGUCCAUACCUGUCAAGUACAGAACAUCAUUCCUCUUCAGGGUCUGUUCCAGCUAAUGGAGAAGAGACUCUUCAGGUCUUGGCCAAUGGGAAAUUAGAGAAAUUAAAAACUCAAAGAAGAGCUUCCUGUCAGAGGCCUGAGAAAGUUUCACAUCAGUUUCAACUGAGCAUGCUCCAGGUGUCCGGGAGCGGGGACAAUAUGGUGGAAUGCCAAUUGGAGACCCAUAGCAACAAGAUGGUGACAUUUAAAUUUGACAUUGAAGGAGAUGCACCUGAGGACAUAGCAGAUUACAUGGUGGAGGAGGACUUUGUCCUUGAUGUGGAGAAAGAGAAAUUUGUCGAGGAGCUUAGAGCAAUAGUUAAGAAAGCCCACGAAAUUCUUCAAACACAUUCACAGACUGGAUCAACUGACCAGCUACAUGUGAGCACUCCCACUGGCUCAACGACGGACGCAGUGCCCCAUUCCUCCCCAGUGGGACGCUGGCGCUUUUUUAUCAACCAGACCAUCCGCCAUAGAGACUCUCUUUCCAGCCAGGGAGCGGACACACCACCACCAACUACAGAAACAAGGAUACCCCAGUCUCCUAAAACAGAGAAAGAAAGUGAAGGAUCCCAGCGAAUGGAGUCCUUUACUGGAAUGGCCUCUCCCCCCUGCCCCACCCUCUCUGCUACCUCCCCUCCCGUCUCUACUGUCUCAGCCCCUGCCUCCAUGUCCCCUCCAGCCACCGCUCCCCAUGCUCCUCACACUACUGCCUCUGAAAGCAUCGCUGCACCAGCCUCCACUCUUGAAGUCCCUGUCACUGCUUCAGUUGGUCUUGAACUGCCGGUCCUCACCUCCGCUUCUGCUGACCAAAUUUCCGGUGCUCCCUCAUCCAUAGCAAUACCUGCUGCUGCCAACCUCCCCACCGCUCCUACCGUUGUGUCUCCCACAUCUACUGCCGUUCUUCCUGAUAUUACUUCUCCUGGAACCAGUGGUUGCUCUACUGUAGGUCAAAAUAUAGGGGAUACAGCAAUAACUGCUCCAAGGUCAUGUGUGCCUGCAGCGGACCAGUCCUCAAGCUCUUUUCAUUCCCCUCCUGCUGCUGCAGUGGCCUCUUCAGCGGUAAGCCAACUUGGCAUGGAGCAGCAGCAGACACUUACACAGUUGGCCAAACCAGCCCUACAACAACCACAACCACGGCCACAGCUACAGCCUGCAUCACAGCAGCAGGUACCAGCGGCUCAGCAGCAACUGCAGGCAAUGCAGCUUGAACAACAGGCACAACAGAUACAACAGGCAACAUCACAACAACAAUCACAACAUCAAGUGUACCAAGAACAAAUUCACCUGCAGCAGGAACGAGCUCUGCAACAGUCUCUCCAGCAGUUACAACAACAGCAACUCAUGCAGAAACAAAUACCACUUCAGCAACAGCUGACUGAGGUGCAGGUGCUGCCUCGGCCAGGUCAUACAGAAGUGUUAAAACAGUCUGUGCCUCUGCAGCAGUUUCUGCCACCAGUGCCCCUACAGCAGACCCAACGACCCCUUCCUCAACAGCAAACACAACAGUAUUCCCCACAGUUGCUGCAACAGCCUCAGUUACAGCAGUUACCACAGCAGGUUAUGGCACCACUAGCACAACAGCAGGCCCACAUUGAUAACCAGCAGCAGCAACAGUUACACCUACAACAGACAAUACAAUUACAGCAACAGCAAAUGGUGCAACAGCAGCUACAGCAGCAGCAACAUCAGCAACAUCAGCUGCUUAUGGGUGCUGUGGCUUUAAAGCCAGAUCAAAACCAAAAGUUACCAAUGUCAAUUAGUCAACAGUUUCUUCAACAACAGGCGCAGCAAAGUGUUAGCCCUGGACCGCAACAGCAGAUUCAACAACAAACCCAAAUCCCCGCUGAGCUGGCACAACAACAUAUACAGUCACAGAAACAGCUACAACACACUGAGCAGCAGCAGGAGGUUGUUAAAGCCAUGGACACACCCCAGAGACAGCAGCAGUUUUCACUCCAGAAGCAGUCCUCUUUACAUAUGUCAGAGUCAGAGGUGUCCACAGGAGAGACAAGUUUCACAGAGGACACAGGCAGCUACUCUGCCCCUUUUCACCCUUCCUCUGACUCUUCUUUGCCACCUCUUCAUCUGGGCACUGCUGACGCCCCCUUACCCACUCUCUCCCUCACAAUGACACCAUCCCCUGCUCAACCUUCCUCUGUAGCCGAGUCAGACAGUGAAGGCCCCCCCAAAAUUGAAUUUGUAGACAACCGUAUAAAGACAUUGGAUGAAAAGCUGAGGAACUUGUUGUAUCAGGAGUACAGCGGCGGGGCAGCAUUGGCCGGAGGAGCUGCCUCUGGCCCAACAUCAGCUGCCUCCACAUCAGCAGGAGGAGACGAGUCAUCUGAGCCGCAGUCGCUUCACCACUUGUCUUUCCUCCCACCUGCCUCGUCCUCAGAUACUUCCCCCCACUCCUCGUCCUCCUCUACAUCUUCCACCACCUCCCGUUCCUCCUCCACCUCCCCUGACCCAGAGAGAGAUAGAGGACGAGAGGAGGACACUUCCUCAGAAAUGCCCACCUCUGCGGAGCUGGGUCCAGUGGAGCAGCAGCCUGGCCCAUCUCUCCCUUCCACCUCUGCCUCCUCAACACCGCCUCUCAAACAGGAUGACUCUGCCAGGCCCCAGCGCCCACCUGUACCAGGAGAACCAACCAUUCUUGCUGUACCUCCUAACUCUGACACCAGUACCACUGGAGAAGCAUCGUGGCCCCCCAAUCAGCACCCGAUCCCCCUCCGGCAUGGACAGCAGCAGCACAAUGCAGGAGAUGGACGUUCCGGCAGUCAGGCUCUUAGAGAGGAGAAGGCGGCGGCAGCCCUAAAUCCACCUCAGUCACGCAAAGGACGAUUUCAGGUGACUCCAGUGCCCCAGACCUCUCCCCCAUCAGACCAUCAGCCAUCAGGGCACGGUAGUACUCACAGGAAAGUGGGACGCUUCUCUGUAACCCAGGCUGAGACUAAGAAAGAGGACGGGCAGACUCUCGGCGCCCCGGUGUCUCCUCAUUUGGAGAGGGAGAGGAGGAGAUCUCGGGGAAAGGAAGGGGAGAAAGAUGAAGGUAAGAGGACCCCAGCAAUGGCCCAUCUGUCUCGAGCUCAUGGACACAGCCACUCACCCCUGGGCAGUAGCGAUGAUGAUGAUGAGAGUGAGCUGGAGGAUGAAGACCUGAGAAGAGAACUACACAAGCUCCGAGAGAAGCACAUCAAAGAGGUGGUAUCCCUUCAGGCCCAGCAGAACAGAGAGCUGCAGGAACUUUACAGACAGCUUCGUUCCCUCAAAGACCAAAGGCAGAGUCUGCCUGUCUCCCUUUCCCGAACCCCUCCACUGCCCACGGCACCUCCUGUCCUCUCUCCUCGGAGGCCCAGGCCAGCCAAAAUCAAACUCCGGCCCCGGCCUCACUCUCACAUGGAUAACAACGGAGUUACGCACUCUGGGAUUCAGCAGUCAAGUAGUUUUUCAGGUGGUGAACAGAAUAGACUGCCCCUAUACUGCAACCCAGAGCACCGCCCGUCACCGCCUGCUAAGAGAGAUCAUAGUCCUCUAAGAAAAAGCACAUUCACAGAUGAAUUGCACAAACUUGUUGAUAAUUGGACAAAGGAGAUGGUGGGCCCCGCCCCACCCAAGCCUUCACUGAAUCAGAUCAAGCAGAUACAGCAGGUGCAGGAGUUCGGAGGCUGGAGCCAGCCAACUGAGGUGGCUCCACCAGGUUGGUUUCCAGUGGCACCACUGACCCCACAGGCAUCCCCGACCCCUGCCAGCUUGCCUGUGGCAGUCCCAUCCCAUUACACAGGUGGAGGGAGCCUGUCCACCCUGCCCUCUCCAGGACCUCCACCACAAACACACAUGGUGCCACAGAUGCAGCAAAGUUUACACCUCCAUCAGUCUCUCCCCCUCCAGCAGAUACCCUAUCAGCAGUCCCCACUCCGCCAGCAGGUACCACAGCCCCGGAUGCAAACUCCCAUACAGUCUCAGUCGCUACCACAGACACAGCCCAGUACCCAGUUACCCAACUCACCACCUCAAAGCCAACCACUGCUGCCUUCCCAAAUGCCCACAUCUCCAGCGUCCACGGCACCGUCUCUGCUGCCCGGCAGUGGCACCAUUGCACCCACAGAUAGUACUGCUGCUGCUGGGGGGUCCUGUUCCUGUUCCUCAACCUCUUCCACCUGUUCCUCCUCUUGCUCUACUGCUGCUCUACCUUCCAGUGCCAAAAUUCACCCAACGACCCCCACCUCCACUCUUCCUCUGGGACAGAAAUGAAACCAAGGCGAAGUGUGAGGUCGAUAUAAAGGUGUAAGAGAAGGAAAUACUAAGUUGAUCAGGAUGUAAAGCAGAUCCAUUUGGAGUGUUAGUUCUGUGUAUGCAUGAGAGAGUUGUGACUGCAAUUAAUAUAUGGAUUAAAGUGUACUUCUGGAUGAGAUGGAGAGUGAAUGUGAGACAUGAUAGAUUCUAGUAUGUAGAGAAGAAGAGAAAAAGAAGACAGAGGGUAAUAUGGAACACAGCAGCCGGGAUUUAUGAAUCAUGGUAUGUUUGGGUAUUGAGAUGUAUAAAUUCUUUAAUGUAUGAGUGUGUGCAUUUAUGAGUGUGGGUGAGUGUUUAUGGAUUAUCCUAGUACAUAUCCCUUAUGUCCUUUGACACAAAUUAACGUUCAUGUUUUUGUUUUCAAACCGACUCAGUGGGACCUGAACUCUCCCUAAGCAGAGGCAAGAAGGACAAAUUAUUUGACAGUGUGUUGACUUUUUUGGUUAAUUUGUCAAUGCUUACAGUGAAAGGACUAUCAAUUUUAAAAGUGCAAUUAGUAAUGGUCAUCUGAUUUGAUCAGCAUGUAUUGUAUUGAUUUGUCUGUAAGGCAUAAAAUAUUUUUAUAGAAGCACAGUGAUGAAACCCAGACGCAUAGAGCAUUUUUCAUGAUCGUUACAUGAUCUUUUAAAAACCGCUGGCCUACAGCACAAGGCGUUUCAAUGGGCAAUGAAAAAAAAAAUGAAACAACAGCAUGUUACACAGUAGAGCACGGUAAAGUUAUCUGGCUACCAUCAUUACCACAAUUGCGACCAAAUACAUUGUUGCAUUGUUGUGCACCGUAAAGCAUGUGCUUAAUUUGGAUUAUUUUGAGUUUUUAAUAUAAGAAGCAGUCUGAAUGACGAUGAGUGAUAUGAUAUUAAUUCAGAGGAAUUCUUAAUAUUAUGGUAAAUUGAAAUAUGCCAUCUAUAUUCAGUGGAUACCUGGGUGGACUCAGCCCAAGACUGCAUGACCUUAUGACUAACUUGACUUGCCUGAGUGCAAACUGCUUGCACUUGCUCUUUAUUCAUGAAUCUCACAUCUACUGUUUGCAGCCUACUGAGAUAAUUAAUCAAACAUUUGCUUUCAGUAUGACACAUUUUCACAUUUGAGAUCUGUGCUUUCAGUUUGAGCUCCACAUAUCAAAGUAUAUCACAGUGUCAUGCUGAGGAGGAGAACAAAAAAGAAAUAAAACUGCCAAGUUAAUAUAGACUGGGGAGACCAUAUGGGUAAUUCUCAUAUUGCCUUUUAAAAUUACUGCAUUUUUUGUGAGUGUGUGAGUGUAUAUUUUUUAUGUGUGACAAAGCUUUGUGAUAGUCCCAUGGUAUAUUGCAUUUUAAACUGCACCCCUGUUUCUUUCAUUCAAAGCGGCCUCUCAAUUGUCACUUUGCCCAACUGAAAAUGUUUACUCUGCUAAUGUCUGGGCUUGUUUCUUCAAGAAACAAAACAAGGGAGAGCUUAGACCAUAUACCAGUUGUAAGUUUGAUGUCCAACACUGUUGUGGGAUCCUCACUUGCUUAUUUGUCAACUUUGUUUGGCGUUGUACAAUUUCCUUAUUUCAAUUGUGAAGUAUUUAGUCCCCAACCAUAGGCUGUCAGUGUGAGUACAUCUGUCAGAAGCUGUCAGAAGUGCAGGCCAUAAUUGUGCUUUAUGCACAAUGCAAAAGAUUUCUUAAAAGUCAAAAACGUUCCAUUAUAAUUAUACCUGCAGAGAUACACAGAGUAAUAUAUCAGCAGCAGAUAUAUUACUGUACAUUUUAUUGGGUUAUCCGUGCAUCCAUACACACAUUUGACCAUCGAUCGUCAGCCGUUAAUCAUUCUUUUGGCAUAAUAAGUAGCCUGUAGUCAAAGCAGCAUUUCUGUUUUAUUGAUGAUAGAGAUUGUGUGCCACAGAAAACGGGAGAUUGUACAAGUUGUUAAAGACUGCUAAAUGUGGGUCAAAGAAAUUUAAAACAUGAAUGGUUAAGGAGGACUAGUAUGUGAUAAAGGGUAUGGUUGUUCAGAAACUAAAAUUGCAUAAUCUAGAGUAUAACAAUGGUUUCUGUAUAUGUUGCUUUUCAAGACAACCCACAUUUUCACAGAGAUGUAGUUCAUUAUUAGUGAAGGUGAGAUACUGUGCUGUAAUGUCUGAUACUAACAUGUUGACCGCAAGCUACAGCUUAACGAUCAUGACUCAUGAUGUGGAGCUGGCUUUGUCCUUGAAGUGUUACCAAAAUGUUAUCUAAAAGAUAAAGAUUAUUUUUGUAUUUUGAAAUGGGGUUGUACAAAUUGUAAAAUUGUGUUCUCAUCACUAUAAAUCAGAGGUUAUUUGAAACUAGAAAACACUGGUUUUCAUCCCUGUUUACAUGGGACUCCCCUGCCUUGAUAUACCUCUCUGAGUCCACAUUUUUGGUCAUUUUUGAAAUCUUAUUUCAGUUUUGAACCGCGAAAACCUGAAUGAUACAUAACAGAAUGACACAAGCCUACCUGUUGGGCUGCAGGUCAAAUAUAAUGAACUUCCAAAUUAAUGCAACAAAAACCUGGGGAGUCCCAAAUGGCAUGACUGAGAACCAAUAAUAAAAGGACAUUUGGGAAAAGGAACCUUGAAAAAUAAGGUAUGUUGCUGGUGAUUUAGCCUCUGUAAAUUGUA